UCACAUGAAAGGCACAUUACAUAUAUAUAUAUAUAUAUAUAUAUAUAUUUUUUUUUUUUUUAUUAUAUUGCACUGUACUAGAACAAGUCUUCAUGGAUAUGGAAUUGAAAAACAACAGCUCUUGCCAUGGUAACGGAAGCAGCUGCCCAGGAGAGCUUCAACACACAUCCAUCCAUCAGAUAGUGGUUCCUCUGCUGGACACGGUGAUCUUCAUCAUUGGGGUGGUGGGUCACACUUUGGUCAAAGUCAUCCUGAUCAGAAGAAAGAAGCAGCAGCGCAACGGGACCAGCGUCUUGCUGCUGAACCUGAGCGUGGCCGACCUGCUCCAGCUGACCUGCAUGCCCUUCAACGCCACCUCCAUCGCCCUGGCGCGCUGGGUCUUCGGGGACUUCCUCUGCAAAGCCGUGAGCUUCCUGGGCGUGGCAUGCUCCUCCGCCAGCGUCUUCACCCUGGCCGCCCUGGCAGUCAACCGUUACAUGACCGUCGUUCACCCGGCCAAGGCAUACCGCUUCCGGCUCAACUGGUACAUGGUCGUCUCCGUCAUCUGGCUGCCCUCUGUGGCGCUGGCGGCGCCACAGUUCGUGUACCGGCGAACUUUUCUGUCUGAUUCCGACCCAGUCUACUGCUUCGCGUUCCUGAACAACGUCAGCCAGCUGGUGUACUGCGUGGCGCUCUUCCUCUUCAGCUUCGCCAUCCCUUUGAUCAUCAUCGUCAUCAUGUACUCCAAAAUCUACUGCUUCCUGCGGGCCAACAAAAGCAGCCUGCAUGACUCGCACCUGGACAGGUACCACUGGAAGGUCACGCUGAUCUCAGUCUUGCUGGUGCUGACCUUCACCAUCUGCUGGCUCCCUUCCUACGUGCUCCUGUUUACGCUCAUCAACAGCACAGUAUCUUUCAGGGGUGCAUUCUCUAUAUUCGGCCAACUCCUGGCUUCCUCUUCCACUGUGGCCAACCCCAUUCUCUACGCCUUCACCUCCAAGAAGUUCCGCAAGGAGCUGAGGGCGCUGGCCUCUCCGUGGUGCUGCUGCUGCGGAGAGCAGGACACAGUGAAGCCUUUCCACGUGGAGCUACAGCCACAUGUAGGCACAAAGGCACUCGGCUUUGAUACAUAAGGGCAUGCUGGAGAAAAAAAAAGCUGUCCAUUAUCUGCUAUUGAAUUCCUAGCAGAUUGUGAUAUAAAUACAGAGGUGGAUCACUGGGCUAAAUCAAACCAGAUACUGAAAAACACAAUCUCUCUGAAUACAAUUUCACCCAGAGCAUGGGACACUUUGUGGUAUAUUUAUGAUAAAACAGUCUUUGUAAAUUGAUUUUCGUUCUACUAAGCAUGUAAAUGCAGAUAUUUAUAUAACUGUUAAUGUCAUGUAUUCGAAAUAUGUAAUUCAAUUACACUGGAUUAAGAAAAAUCCACAUUCUUCCAUUGCUUUUGCACAAAGUUCAAACCAAGACUGCAUUAGAUUACAUGUAAUACUUAUUUUUAAAGAGUAUGAGUACAGUUUGUGCAGACUCUUAUUUACAAAAUACUGUCUGCACAACUACUAGGGUUUACUUUUCAAAAGGCAGGCUUUAUAUCACCUGUCUGUAUACCUGUAUUUAGCAAGUCCUUAUGCUUAACAGGAGGUUAGCAUUAUUUCAAACAUUCCAUCAACGUGCAAACUGGCAGGAUAAAUUGAAUCCGUUUCUGCAUCGCACUAAAUAUACAACAAAUCAGCUGCACUCGUCACAGACUGAAGAAUGAUUCUCUGUGUCAAUAAAGACUUGCAUCAGUUUAUGACUGCUGUAAAAAGAAGCUGGCAGUAUAUGAUCUCAGAGAGAUGCUUCUUGGAAGUGGGUUGUUAAACGCAAUGGGGUGAUGGGAGACUCCAACAGUAAUAAAUAAUUAGCGAGGAGUUGAUUAGACUGUACAGUAUAGGCUUAAAAUACAUGUGUUUCUAGGAAGAGAUGAAAGGCAGCAUAAAAAUGUAUUAGUAGAUUCUUGCUAAGAGACACAGAGAUCUUUCAAGCAGCGCUGAAUCUUUAUAACCCCGUCCUGCUUCAUCGCAGGCUUCUUUUCACUGAAUUUUUAUUGUGUUUACUGUCGUUAAAGGGUCAAUAAAAUCACUCCAAGGGUAAUGUAGUUAUUGUCUGCACAGUUUUGAUCCCUAACUUCGACCUCCUACUGCGAGGCAAGUUCCCAGUGGAUGAAAGGAGACGUUAAACUGAGUGAAUGCACAAAAAAAAAAUGCCGUUCAAAGUGCCGGUGGUGCUUGUGAAUUUAGUGCAAAGACAUAGUAUAAAGAACGCCUUUCCAUAUACAAGCAUGAUAGCGCACCCCACUCCUGACAUGAACACCCCCUGCCUGAAAUUCAGUUCUGACCAACUGUACCAAAACUGCAAGCGCUGGGCACUGACGUACUAAUCCGAGUCGGGCACAUUCGCUUCACUUGUGACCCGAGACCAAGCUCCUCUCUGCACUCGGGCGAUCGGUAACAGAGAAACCAC